AUGGCGGCCGACAAGGCGUCUACCACUCUUCUCGACCUCCCGGUUGAUCUCCUGUUGAUGAUCUUCCCAUACCUCGACGCUCCCAGUUUCCUCAGCUUUACUGCAACAUGUAAAGCCUUACACAAACCUGACUUCAUGCACGAGAGCACAUUCUGGUCUGCUCUCGUUCGACACGACUUCCGCGUGCCCAACCAGCCAGUAGCCCAAACGGACGGCGAGCGGUGGCAGAAGUUAUACAAGCGGCUUCGUACCCAGAGCAAGAUCUUCACGUGGGGAAACAAUGAGAAAGGCUGUCUCGGUCAUUCCAAUGAGCAUCCGGGACCACGUAUCCUGAGUGGCCCUGGCUUUCGCAGAGUGCCGCGUAGGACGAGGCACGUAAGUUGGCCAGGUGAGAUGGAGGGCCUUGAAGAGCUGGGUGUCAUAUCAGACAUUCAAUGUGGUGGCUGGAGCACUACAUUGCUAACUGCCAAGGGUGCCUUGUAUACGGUUGGCGUGCUGGAUGGUCUGCAAUUUGACCAUCGUCGGCCACCUCACUUGCAACCGUCUCACCGUUCGCCGACGCCGCUGCAAUUCCCAACGGGAUUGCCGCAACCGAAGGAUCGCUACGACCCAGCCACAGCCAUCAAGCAAUUCUCGGCCGGCAGAUCUCACGUUCUAGCACUGAGCGACAGCGGCAUGAUCUGGAGUUGGAACAACAUCGACCUUCCGGGAUUGCGAGUCAAAUUUGUCCACCACACUAUCAAAGAGAAUGGAAGCGAUAGUGGAGCUGGUGUCGUGAAGAAAGUGGUCGCUGGCUGGAAUCGCAGCGUAGCUCUGAUCGAAGGCACAGGUCUUGUCUUGUGGGAGCCGCUUCAGCUGGAACCUGAUGAGUGUGACACACUUGAUGCGGCGCUUGUUCUGGAAAGUGCUGUCGUCUCCAAAACACGACAUGUUCAGAAGAGCGAGCUGCCAGAAGAUGCAGAUACUGGCGAGGUACUGAACUUUGUGGUUAUGGAAAACACCAUCCUCUUCAACACACACCUUGGCAAGCUUUUCGCAGUGGAGAUCACCUCUCCUCAUCGCACUCGGGACAUGCCUGAGCCUGUUGAGAUCCCUAUUCCCACAUCGAAGGGCGCCGGGUCUGAUGCCACAUUUGUCACCGAUGUGCAAGGCUCUUUCCAGAACUUCGCUGUGUUCACUAAAUCUGGCGCUGUUUUAACCAGCAACCAAGACAGCAUCAUGCCACGCGUUCUUAACCAAGCAUCAACUCGCCGCGUCUUCAAGCGGAUUCCCGCGUUGCAGAACAAGCAAGUCAUCUCUCUCGCCUUCGGUGACUAUCACUUUCAUGCUCUGCACGCACCUGGCUAUAUUACUUCUUAUGGAUACGAGCCACAGUCCUGUGGUGCACUUGGUCUUGGCGGUAUGGGUGUACCCGAAGGCCGUUUGCGAGGCAUGAGGAAUCAAGGCAUCGGCGGAGAUGGACGCCUGGUGCCGCAUGCAUAUACCGAGGGCCGAAGAGUCUGGUUCGAGCAGGAGAAACGUGAAUGGGUCUCCUUCAUUACUUCUGGUGGCGUGGACGAAGAAGAAGCAGCCGAGCGUGUAAGAAUGGCAAUUGGCAGUCCUGGAAUUACUGCUCAAGGAGAGGUUAGCGAAUGGAUCGAGCAGGAAGGCAGAGAUUGGGCUCAGAAGUAUGGGGUCAAUUCCGAGAGCGAUGAUGAUGAUGGGCUCGGCGCAUACUUCGCGCUGAAUGUGACUGCUGCUGGCUGGCACAGCGGUGCCCUCGUCCUGGUCAACGAGAGUAUGGCCGAGAGCUGCCAUUACAUCUGGUCAAACGACCACUUUCCACGACUGAAGCUGAGUGAUGGCACUGAAAUGCCAGGGACUGUUCCUUUCGAUGAGUGGCGAUACGGUAGGCCGGACUUCCAGCUGGAUUGGGAGGAGCAAAUGGACGAACAGGACGAGUGA